CUUUGGGAGGGCCGGAGAGUUAAAUUUUCUCAUAAAUUUCUCUGACACACCAUCGCUCCUUCAUUUCAUUCAAGUCUAAGCAAAACACCAUCUCUCGUGCGCGUGAACUCAAUUGAGAGUGUCAAUUGUGUAUCUAUGAUUUCUGGCUCUCGUUGUUGCUGCUGAAGAUUAUACUUUAUUUUGGUUCUCCGAUAGAAGGUGGAUUAUUCGGUAAUUCAUCAUGCACAUAAAACAGGUUAUAAUUGAAGGGUUUAAGAGCUACAGAGAACAAAUUGCUACUGAGCCCUUCAGCCCAAAAAUUAAUUGUGUUGUUGGUGCUAAUGGAUCUGGCAAGACAAACUUUUUCCAUGCUAUUCGUUUUGUUUUGAGCGACCUCUUCCAAAACUUGCGUAGUGAAGAUAGACAUUCAUUACUCCAUGAAGGUGCAGGGCACCAAGUUUUAUCUGCAUUUGUGGAGAUUGUUUUUGAUAAUUCUGACAAUCGCAUCCCGGUUGAUAAGGAGGAAGUGCGCUUGCGUCGAACAAUUGGUUUGAAGAAGGAUGAAUAUUUCUUGGAUGGAAAGCACAUCACGAAAACUGAGGUUAUGAAUUUAUUGGAGAGUGCUGGAUUUUCUCGUUCUAAUCCGUACUAUGUAGUGCAGCAAGGAAAGAUAGCUUCUUUGACACUGAUGAAAGAUUCUGAGCGGCUGGAUUUACUUAAGGAAAUUGGUGGCACCCGAGUUUAUGAGGAGAGACGUCGUGAAAGUUUGAAAAUUAUGCAAGAAACUGGCAACAAAAGACAGCAGAUAAUUCAAGUUGUCAACUACUUGGAUGAGAGACUCAGGGAACUGGAUGAAGAGAAAGAAGAGCUGAGAAAAUACCAGCAGCUUGACAAGCAGAGGAAAUCUCUAGAAUACAGCAUUUAUGAUAAGGAACUUAAUGAUGCUCGGCAGAAAUUGGUGGAGGUUGAAGAAGCUAGAACCAAGCGUUCUGAAAUAUCAACUAAGAUGUAUAACAGUGUGCUGGAUGCUCAUGAAAAGUCCAAGGAUGAAGAAAAGAAAUUGAAAGAAAUUAUGAAAGAAGUUCAAGCAUUAAACAAAGAAAAAGAAACAGUUGAAAAGCGACAAACUGAAGCACUGAAGAGGCAGACAGCGCUUGAGCUUGAUGUGAAAGACCUAGACGAGAGGAUUUCUGGAAAUUCGCAAGCAAAAGUGGAUGCUGAGGAACAACUUCUUUUGCUACAAAAAGAAAUUGAGGACUCACUGAAGGAGCUCGAGAAGAUUAAGCCAGAGUACGAGGAACAAGGCAUAAAGGAAAAAGAGAUAACAAAAGGUAUCAUGGAGCGUGAAAAGCAGCUUAGCAUUCUUUAUCAAAAACAAGGUCGUGCCACCCAAUUUUCUAGUAAAGCUGCUCGUGAUAAAUGGCUUCAAAAAGAAAUUGAUGAUCUUGAGCGGGUUCUUUCUUCAAACUUGGUUCAGGAGAAAAAACUUCAGGAUGAAAUUCAUCGGCUUAUUGCUGACUUAAAGGAGCGGGACAUGUACAUUGAGAAGGUCAAAAGCAAUAUUGAGACUUUAGAAUCUCACAAUUUUCACUCUCGUGAAAUUUUCAAUAACCAUAAGACCGAGAGGGACAAGCUGCAGGAUAAGCGGAAGUCCUUAUGGGUGAAAGAGAGUGAACUUUGUACAGAGAUUGAUAAGCUGAAAGCUGAAGUUGAGAAGGCAGAGAAAAGCCUUGAUCAUGCUACCCCUGGGGAUGUGAGGCGAGGGCUGAAUUCUAUCCGUCGGAUUCGCAAUGAAUACGAAAUUGCUGGAGUUUAUGGUCCAAUUAUUGAGCUGCUUGAUUGUGACGAAAAAUUUUUCACUGCAGUCGAGGUUACCGCUGGAAACAGCUUAUUUCACGUGGUGGUUGAUACUGAUGAAACAUCGACCAAAAUAAUUAGACACCUUAAUUCAUUAAGAGGUGGACGUGUUACCUUUAUACCAUUAAAUCGGGUGAGGGCUCCUCAUGUAAAUUAUCCAAGGAGUCGUGAUGUGGUAUCUCUUCUGGAGAAAUUGAAUUUUUCUCCUGAAUUUAAACCAGCAAUUGCCCAGGUAUUUGCUCGAACAGUGAUUUGCAGAGAUUUAGAUGUGUGUGCUAGAGUUGCUCGAGCUGAUGGUCUGGACUGCAUAACCUUGGAAGGUGACCAAGUAAGCAAGAAAGGUGGUAUGACAGGAGGAUUUUAUGAUUUUAGGCGCUCAAAAUUGAAGUUUAUGAAUAUAAUCAAACGGAACAAAAAAUCUAUUGAUGCAAAAGAAAAGGAACUGGAACAAGUUAGAUUUAUGCUUCAAGGAGUAGACCAGCAAAUUACAGACCUUGUAACUGAACAACAGAGAAUUGAUGCCAAGCGGGGUCACGAAAAAUCAGAAUUGGAGCAGCUUAAGCAGGAUAUUGCAAAUGCUAAUAAGCAAAAACAAAUCAUCUCUAAAGCCCUUGAAAAUAAGGAAAAAUCACUUGCUGAUGUGCGGACUCAAAUUGAUCAACUUAGAGCUAGUGUGGCCAUGAAAGAGGCUGAAAUGGGCACAGAGCUCAUUGAUCACUUAACACCAGAGGAAAAAGAUCUUCUAUCACGUCUGAACCCUGAAAUAACUGAUCUAAAGGAGCAACUUAUCACCUGCAGGACGAAUCGCAUGGAGACUGAAACAAGAAAAGCAGAGCUUGAGACUAAUCUAACAACUAACCUUAAGAGGCGGAAGCAAGAGUUGCAAGCCCUCAUAGCUUCUUCAGAGAAUGACAUGCUGCCUAGUGAAUCUGAAUUAAAAAGACAGGAAUUGAAGGAUGCUAAAUUAUUUGUUCAGGAAGCAGAACAGCAACAUAAAGGGAUCUCUGACGGUUUAGAUAAAUUAACCAAGGAAGUCAAGAGGAUCAAAAAUGAAAAGGCUAAGUUGAAGACUUUGGAAGACGAAUAUGAGAAGAAACUUCAGGAUGAUGCAAGAGAACUUGAACAACUAUUGAAUAAAAGAAAUAUUCUUCUAGCUAAGCAAGAGGAGUACUCGAAGAAAAUUAGGGAAUUGGGUCCAUUAUCAUCUGAUGCUUUUGAAACGUAUACGCGAAAGAGCAUCAAAGAAUUACAUAAAAUGCUUCAUAGGUGCAAUGAUCAACUGCAGCAGUUUAGUCAUGUAAAUAAGAAAGCACUUGAUCAGUAUGUAAAUUUCACAGAGCAACGGGAAGAACUUCAGAGAAGGCAAGCUGAACUGGAUUCAGGGGACGAGAAAAUUAAAGAACUUAUAGCGGUUUUAGAUCAAAGGAAGGAUGAAUCAAUAGAACGUACUUUCAAAGGUGUUGCUCGCCACUUCCGAGAAGUGUUUGCUGAACUUGUGCAAGGCGGUCAUGGUCAUCUAGUUAUGAUGAAAAAAAAGGAUGGUGAGGAUGACAAUGAUGAUGAUGGACCUCGUGAAGUAGAUAUGGAAGGAAGGGUUGAAAAAUACAUUGGUGUUAAAGUGAAGGUUUCGUUUACUGGACAAGGGGAGACACAGUCGAUGAAGCAAUUGUCUGGAGGUCAGAAAACUGUUGUGGCUCUGACGCUUAUUUUUGCCAUACAGCGAUGUGAUCCUGCUCCCUUCUAUCUAUUUGAUGAAAUAGAUGCAGCACUGGAUCCUCAGUACAGAACUGCAGUGGGAAAUAUGAUUCGUCGUCUAGCAGACAUGGCAAAUACUCAAUUUAUAACAACAACAUUUCGGCCAGAGCUUGUGAAAGUGGCUGACAAAAUAUAUGGUGUGACACACAAAAACAGAGUGAGCCGAGUCAAUGUUGUCGCCAAAGAAGACGCCUUAGAUUUUAUUGAGCAUGAUCAGUCUCACAAUACACCUUAGUUUAAGGAGAUAAAUUUGGAUGAUGCAUUUGUUAGUUAUGUGUAAGAAUGAUGGGGUGAAGCAUUGUGUUGAGUUGGUUGGUUCUUGUGUUUUAUAUUUAUAGGUUAACUAGAGGAAUGACAGGGCUGUAUAUGUUUUACCUGUUUUCUAGUAUUUUCUUACAAGCCGUAUUAACCUUUUAGUGACGAUUAGAAGGAUUUGGAUCUUUUUAUUUAAUGUAUUCAUAUAAUUUUGUGUGGACUUGAUUGGUACAAAUAAAUAAAUAAUAGAUGAAUGCUAAGGAUUUUA